GAGGAGCAACCGAGAGAGAAGGACGAGAGAGAGACAAAGUUUGAGACACGUCAAAAUCUGGAGAAGAAGGAAGACGAGGAAGAAGACGAAGGUAUCAGGAGGAAGAGGAGGAGUAGAUGAAGGAGAGACAACAGUUCUGAGGACGAUUUAGAAACGGGGGCGGAGCUUCAGGGCAUGGCGUCCCGGUCCUCCUGGUGGUGGGCGUGUCUCUGCGUCCUCUGGCUGAGAGACGUCUCCGUGGCGUCUCCACGCUACGUCCUGCAGUCCCCCGCGGGCUCCUUCAGUGACGCCCAGAAGAACUGCUCACCCGGGGUCCUCGCCACCCUCGCCACCCAGCGGGAGCUCGACCACGUCCUCGCGCUGAUCUCGGUCAAAAAGAACUUGACCUUCUGGGUCGGGCUGAAGAAGAACAACACUGAGUGUGUGGUUCCCACGCUGCCGCUCCGGGGCUUCAGAUGGACCGAGACCGGUCUACAGAACUCAGAGGGGAUCGAGUGGGCGGAGGAACCGGCUGAGACCUGCACGGAGAUCCGGUGUGCGGCGCUGACAUCGCAGUCUGACGGGUCCAGAAGGACCCGGUGGGGUCUGAUCUCUGUUACAUGUAAGAACCAGUACAGGUACAUCUGCAAGCUGGAGGACGGACAGGAUGGACGCUCACCUGAGACCAGUACACCUGAACCAGAUCUUCAGAGUCCUGAACCCAGUUCUAGUUCUGGCCCGUGUGCUGAAGGUUUCCAGAGAGAGGGUUCCUACAGGUGUGUGGACCAGACCACGCCCCCUCCCACGGACGGCUCGCUGGCCGCCAUCCUGGUCCCGGCGCUGGCGGCCUUGGCGGCGCUGGUGGUGCUGGUGGUGCUGGUGCUGGUGACGGUGAAGUGCUGCCUGGUGAGACGGGCGAAGAGACGCGCUGCCAGGAGAGCACAGAAGAUGGCGAUGAAGAGCAAACAUGAGAAGACUUCCAAAGAAACAGCCAAUGAGAAGGAGGCAACAUGAGGGAGCAGAGCUGUGAUUGGUCCUUCUCUCUCUCUCUCUCUCCUCCCACCAACUUCCUCUCCUCUUCUCUCUCCUCUACCACUACUCAUGUAGCUCUGUGCUGCUCCUGUAUAGCAUGUUAGCAGCAUGUUAGCAGCAUGUUAGCAGUAUGUUAGCAGCAUGCUAACCCCCCUCCUCCAUCUUCUUCUCCUCCUGUGGAGCUCCAUAAACUACAUCUGUAGUCCUGGUCUCAUCAACCUGCCCAGUCUCCUUGGCCUCCAGCAGUCCAGGUCCUACAUCUGGUCUCUGGACCAUCAUCAGGUUCUACAUCCGGUCUCUGAACCAUCAUCAGGUUCUACAUGGACCCUUUAGUCAGAUGGAUCUUCAUCUCUUCUCUGUCUCUACCUGGUCUUAGACAGAUGGUCCCUCCAUAUGAGCUGGUUCUGGUUCUGGUUUCUUCUUGUUUUUUCUUCAUGCUUCUCUGGAGGUUGUGGACCAGGUUUUGUAAAACAUCUUGAGACGGUUUGUGUUGUUACUGACGCUGCAUGAAUAAAAUUGAAUUGAACUGAA